UGUAGAACAAAGGUGUAAAAUAGCUUCAAAAGGAUAUACACGACUGUGUUCUUAAGAUCGCUAUUCUUUAAGCUGAUUGUUAUCGCAAGAUUUGCGUUUGAUGUCACAUCAGAAUCUUUCAUUAUCUUUCCAAAGAUAAUGUCCUUCGGCGGUCAAUUAGUCAUUAUGUCGAAGAAAACAGAGGCUGGCCGAAUGUCAUACGUCACGUGAUGGGCAAGCGUUAACAGCAACUCAUUUAUAUUUUGUCAAUACGACGGCACUUUAAUUAGUUUAAAUUUCGACAGUUGUGUUUCUUUACUCAUACGCGUUGUAAACUUAGUGCAUCGCGGACUCUUAAAGGUCCUCUGUACAACUCUGGAUAUAACUGUUACAGAAAAUGGUCGAUGUGCAGCACAUGAAAGACAAAGGGAUCCCACUGCGAAUAGACGGAUCCACGCGCUACGUGAAGGGUGCAACAAAGUACACAACAUGUGCUGACGUCAUCAAGAUGGUACUUAAGAAAACCGGUAUAGGAAAAGAAUACCGUCAUCUAUUCUGUAUUUUCGAAAAUUCAUUGACUGGUGAAAAAUUAGUGCCACGCAAUGAGAGGAUGUUGAAGCUGGUUCAAUCGUGGAAUGGCGGUCCAAAUAAACUUGUAAUGCGUCGCGUGGAACCACUGGCAACCGUUGAAAACCCAGAGAUUGCAUCGAAACCAAAAACAAAAACAUUGUUCUCAAAAAAUAAAACCGAACAUGUUGUUAAAGCGGGGAAGAAGGAAGAUCCGUAUAUGAGAACGCUGAUUUCAUUGGCUUAUUUUGUUGAAAAACAAAAGGCAAAACUUGGAGAACCAGCAACUGAACGAUGUGAAAGCAGUUCAGAAAGUGAUUCAAGCAUGGAAGAUUUCCUUUCAAACCUGGACAGAACCAAGAUGGCGGGCCUUGUUCAUUUUUUCGCAGCUAUGGCUGGUGCCAAAAAGAAAUCAUGCACGAAGUUAGCUCCCCGUAAGUCAUCUGAGAGCGACGAGAGCGGGGAGCCGAUGGUGUCACUUCCGAAACGGCGUAACAGCAAACGCAGAUCAAAGAACCAUCUACGUUCGAAGAGGCAGCAUAAACGACACAAGAACGCACCAACUGAAAUUACUGGUGAUAUACACCCAAACAAAAUGCACCGUAUUGAUCGUGUUAAUUUUGGCUUCAUUGACGUAGAGCCCUGUUCCAGAGACCUGCUGUAUUCGCGCUCGAACCGAAAUCUUCACCGAUUCUCGCCGCACACGAAGGAACAUACGUCCAGGACUUUCACAGCCAGGAGACGUUUGCUACCCAGCAUCAGUGCCACAUACGACAUGAGCAAAAACAGGCGCCAGUCUGCAAGUUCAUUUCUACCUUUUUCAGACGAUGAAUGCAUGUCCGAUGGGAAGUUCACUCAGAUCACGCAUAGGGCAUCUGCUUCCUCCGAAUCGUCUGCAUCGACGUUCGAAGUUGACUGCACGUACCUGGUUCCAAACAGUCAGUUCUACGUCAUGGAUCGGCGCCAUUCCCAUGUCCUGGUUCCAAGAACAACAUGUAUAGAUGAUCUUCACCGAGUCCACACAGUCUCGGGAGAGAAUUUCGGUCCCAUACACAAGAAACUCGUUGAUUACACAAUUACUGAUGACGAAAUGAGUGACAUCGACAGUGACAUCGGCAGCGCUGGGUCAAAAUGCAGCUUCUCAAGCGUUUCCUCGGAAGGAAGCUGUGGAAAUCUAUGUCAACAAAGCGCUGUCCAUAAAAAUCAAUAUAACGACUGCGCGUUUAUUCAAACCGAGAUUGGCGAUAAUGACGUUUCCGAUUAUAUACGCAACGUUUUCAGUAAAAAGUGCGCAAUAAUAAACGAGGACGAGGAAAUGGACAGUUUUAUGAAAUCUGUGCUCGGCGAUGACUCGGUUUCCGACGAAGGACACUGCUCAAUGGGAAGUGACUUUGAGAGAGACAUGCGCGUGUAAGGUUCGCACGAAACGCAGUGAAGAAUGUGCUUUCUGUUGUCAAAAACGUUACGUGUUAAAGAUUUCAUAGUUUAUUUAUCAUGCGUGCAUCAUUUAUCUGUAUGUGUUUGUUAUGAUUUCAUAAUCAUAUGUUUGUUUUAUUUUGAAAAUGUUUUGUACAAUUAUGUGUUGUCGGUACUUAUUAUUCUACAUUAUUGAGCAGACAUUUCAUAUGUUUGAUGACAUCAAGUUUUGUUCAUCCAUUUUAUUUCGAAAGCAGGCAUUUGUUAAAUCUGUGUAUUGUACCUUCAAAAAUAGAUUAUGACCGAAAAGUUUAUACUUACACUAACAAAUGAGACAAGUGCUUUU